AUGGGGGGCGGUGGGGUCCCUGCCAGGUUGGGGUGGGGGGUUCACAAGGGUUUGGGGGGUCCCCAGGGGUGGGGGGUCCUGGUGUCACCAAGGUCUCUGUCCCCAGCGCCCAGCAAUGUGCCACCCAUGGGGACGCUGUGGCUGUGGGGUGCCGUCCCCCUCCUCCUCCUCCUCCUCCUCACCUGCCUGGCUGCGCUGGGGCGCAGACGGGCGUGGGCGCAGAUGGGUCGGAUGCCUCAGGGACACCGGGGGCUCAGGGCCCCCCCAAAGCCCCCCAGCCCAGACCUUCCUGCUCUACGUUUCCUGCAGGUGCUGCAGGCCGGGCGCUUCUCGGCGGUGUGGCGGGGCACCCUGCAGCAGCGCCCGGUCGCCAUCAAAGCCUUCGCCGCGGGGGGGGCCCGGCGCUUCGCAGCCGAGCGGGCGGUGCACGCGCUGCCGCUGAUGGAGCACGAGAACGUGGCGAAGCUGCUGGGCACCAGGGGGGCCGGGCCCUGCGCACGGGGGGGGCUCCUGGUGCUGCAGCUGUACCCGGCCGUGAGUGCACCGGGGGGAGGGGGGCUUCAUUUGGUGCAAGCAUGGCCCUGGUGCAAGCAUGACUUUGGUGCAAGCAUGGCCCUGGUACAAGCAUGGCUUUGGUGCAAGCAUGGCCCUGCUGUAAGCACGGCCCUGGUGCAGGCGGGCACCCAGCGCUACCUGGCACCCGAGAUCCUGGACGAGAGCCUGGACCUGCGCUCGUGGGGCCGCGCGCUGCGGCAGGCGGACGUCUACGCGCUGGCGCUGCUGCUCUGGGAGAUCCUGUCGCGCUGUCAGACCCUCAGCCCCGGCAGCCCGGUGCCUGAGUUCCGCCUGGCGUAUGAGGCUGAGUUGGGGGGCAGCCCCACAGCGGCACAGCUCCGGCAUUUGGCAGUGGAGGAGCGGCGGCGCCCACUGAUCCCCCCAACGUGGCAGCACACAGCGCAGCCCUCGGGGGCUCUGCAGGAGCUGCUGGAGGACUGCUGGGACCCCGACCCCGAGGCGCGGCUGUCGGCAGAGCGCGCCCUGCAGCGCCUGCAGCGUCUGGCGGCCCCCCCCGAGCCCCCCCCGCGGAGCUGACCCCGAGGUGGGACCCGAAAUGGGGAAACUGAGGCACGGGGGGGGCGGAAACGACGCUGUGGGCGGGCGGGAAGGCCCCGCCCCUUGGGGAGGAAGGACACGCCCCCUUCCUAUAGGCCCCGCCCCCUCCAUGGCCCCGCCCCCGCGCUUCCUGCAGGGAGGGGCCGCGGUCGGAGCGGAG